AUGAAAGGGCAGGAAAAGGAAACUACUAAUAGAAAGAGAGAAGUGUCUCCAGAUAUUGAUGAAUUAUUUGCAGAAUCUAGGUCCGAGUUUGAGAAGGGACCAAGUUCAAAAGGUGAAAAGAUGAAAGUGGAAAAGAAGUUGACAAAAAAAGAGAGAGUCCAAAUUCUAAAAACUCAAAAGGUGCUCAACGACAAAGUCUUUGACUUUGAGAUUCUAUCCAAGCCAGGAAUGUGUGAUUUGGUCGAUGCUGUUGAAUUGCAGACCUGGACUCAUCUUUUUGUUGACCAUGUUCUAGUGCUUCAUGAAGUACAGGUAAGAGAGUUUUACUAUAAUGUUGUGUUUGUUAAGGAUAGGAGUCUUAACUGCCAAAUAGGAAAUAGAAGAUUUCAUUUGGAUGAAGAACUACUGGGUGAAAUAUUGAAGGUGCCACAAGAAGCAUCUCUUAAAAAGACUAGAGGCAGUGUUGCAAAAGUAAGGAUACAAAUGGAUAUCACCAAGGAAAGGCCUCCACAUGUAUGGUUAGGAACUGAUGAAGAGGAUCACAAUAAAGGCAAAUGGCAAGCUAUACAAUAUGAAGGUUUACCUGAAUACUGUUCUUAUUGUAAGCAUCAAGGACAUACUAUGACAAGAUGUAAUGUCAAGAGGAGAGAUGAAGAAAGGAAAGAAGCUGAAGAAGCAAGGAAUAAUAAAACCAGGAAAGAAGAUGACAACCAGGUAUGUCCCUUAACCACUGUACAAAUGCCUGAGAAUAAUAUAUCUUUAACUAAUGCAGGUACAAAAGAAAAUCAAGCUGGGAGACAAAGACAGCACCAAAAUAGGAACAAAAAUAAGGAGGAACAACAAGAAUGGCAAAUUCAGAAAAAACCAAGAAAGAAGGAACAACAAAAGAAUGUUCAAUCAAAGCAGAAUCUAGCAAAGCAAACAUGUAUUGACUUAUCUCUCCCAUCCCCCCAAGUCCCCAUUAAUGGCUUAGAUGCUGAUGCAAAUGACACAAUAGAUGACGACUGCAACAAAAAAAAAAUGAAGGAUUCAGGUAUUGAUUUAUCGCUCCCACACCCCCAAGUCCCCAUUAAUGAUUUAGAUGCUAACACAAAUGACACACUGGAUGAUGACUGCAAUACGACAAAAAUGAAGGAUUCAGGUAUUGACUUAUCUCUCCCACACCCCCAAGUCCCUAUUAUUGGUUUAAAUGCUGACACAAAUGAUACACUUGAGGAUGACUACAAUAUUACAAAAAUGAAGGAGUCAGGUAUUGACUUAUCUCUCCCACAGCCCCAUGGCUUCCCCAAUAAUUUUAAUAUUGAGAAUGAUGUAGCUGUUGUAGUUUAUGGAGGUGAGGAUGGGGGAAUACAGGAGGAACCCACUAACUUGCAGGAAGGGGUUACCAGAGGGAGGGAAAGUACUUUGGUUGACCCUAGGAAAGACUUUAGAGCUCCUGCUACCACAGAGGUAACUACUACAACUGUAACAAGAAAGGAGAGGCACAAUGAACACUCACAACAAGAAGAGGACUGCUACACAAUGGAUAAGGAACCUCCUGAUCCGAAAAGGCAAAAUGAGAGUCCUCAGGCUUUUAACAAUAAGUCUACAUUAGCCCUUAGUAAGAAGAAAAGAGAUGCGUUGAAGAAGAAAAUUAUCAAAGAAAUGCAAUCAGGACAACAGAGCUUACAUGAUGUACUGGUGGUGGAACAUGCAGGCAUCCAUGUGGCAGCUUUGCAAAUUCAGAAACCGGAUACUGGAAAAUGUGCCCUUAACAAGGAAAUUACUCCACAAGAACUAACAGAUGAAUAUAGAGUCACACAUUCUGAGGAUGAGGAAGAUCCUGACCAAUAUGAUGAGGUUCAAAAAGAAGAGGAGGAAAGGAGGGCUCUUUCUACCAGGGGUCAGCAAGAAAAUAGGAAGAAGAAGCAACAGGAUGACACAACAAGUUCUGAUAAUGCUAUUUGCAAAAGUGGCAUCAAAACAAGGUCCAAAUCAAAUAAGUCUCAAUGA